UGCGCAGUCCUGAAUCUGUGGACAGGAAGCCUGACUGGAGCAGCUGAUAAUCAGGCUUUGGAUGUGCCGGGGAGCACAACAGCCCCUUUCUGCCUGGAUUUUAAACAGGGCUUUUUAGUACAAGGACAGAAAUCGACGAUUUUAUGAGCAGCUUGCCCGCUCGCCACUCACAGUGACUGAUGGAGCUGUAUUUUUAUACCGAUCGCUGUUUAUUUUCGAGUUAACUGUAGGGCCGGAGUUGCUCACUAACAAUGAAGGCCUAGUUACAAUCCAGAUCCGAGGGAUUUAAAGCUCUCCUCUGCCCCAGACAAGGAUCGACAACACGCUCAGGCAUGGCUUCACAGCUGCAGGUUUUCUCCCCUCCAUCUGUGUCUUCCAGUGCCUUCUGCAGGGUGAAAAAAAUGAAAGUGGAGAGCUGUGCUUGGGAUGCUUCCAAUGAAGCGUACAGUUCUGUGGGCCAGUACAGCUUCAACCCCGCAGCGGGCCUCCCUUUUGGCUCCUCGGGCCUGGUCUUCCCCCCAGCGUCCCGGGGCCAGGUGGUGGUCCGUGCGGCAGACAGCACCGGGAGCCUACCGCGGGGGUCCAGCCGCAGAACCUCCCACAACACCCACCACUCGGAGUCGCACUCCUCCCGUGGGCACAGGUACGGCGUGAAGAGGAAGAACGAGGAGGUGGAGAGCUCCGGAGGAGGCGGAAGCGGCAGUGGCAGCGUUCAGAUUCUGGAGGAGCUCUCGGCUCCUGCUUUCUCCGCUCGGACGGGAGGAGCGGGGACCACCGCCCAGUCCAUCCCCCACUCGGCCCCCACCACCAAAAGCAGCAGCUCCAACGGGGAAGGGGACUACCAGCUGGUCCAGCACGAGAUCCUCUGCUCCGUCUCCAACAGCUACGAAGUUCUUGAGUUUCUCGGCCGGGGCACGUUUGGGCAGGUGGCCAAGUGCUGGAAAAGAGGAACUAAUGAGAUUGUGGCCAUCAAGAUCCUGAAGAACCAUCCGUCAUAUGCACGUCAGGGACAGAUCGAGGUGAGCAUAUUGAACCGGCUGAGUGCAGAGAAUGCUGACGAGUUCAACUUUGUCCGCUCCUACGAGUGUUUCCAGCACAAGGGCCACACAUGUUUGGUGUUUGAAAUGCUCGAGCAGAACCUUUACGAUUUCCUGAAGCACAGUAAGUUCAGCCCACUGCCUCUGAGGCAUAUCCGCCCCAUCCUGCAGCAGGUGGCCACGGCCCUGAUGAAGCUGAAGAGCCUGGGUCUCAUCCACGCUGAUCUGAAGCCUGAGAACAUCAUGCUGGUGGACCCCAUACGACAGCCCUACAGGGUGAAGGUCAUCGACUUUGGGUCAGCCAGUCACGUCUCCAAAGCUGUCUGCUCGACUUACCUCCAGUCUCGCUACUACAGAGCCCCUGAGAUCAUCCUUGGUCUGCCGUUCUGUGAAGCCAUUGACAUGUGGUCACUGGGUUGUGUGAUUGCAGAGCUCUUUCUGGGCUGGCCGUUAUAUCCAGGAGCUUCAGAAUAUGACCAGAUUCGGUACAUUUCUCAGACACAGGGAUUGCCUCCUGAGUAUCUCUUGAGUGCUGGCACAAAGACAAGCCGCUUCUUCAACAGAGGACCAGACUCCAGCUACCCACUGUGGAGGUUAAAAACCCCAUCUGAACAUGAGACAGAAAUGGGCGUCAAGUCAAAAGAAGCGAGAAAAUACAUCUUCAAUUGUUUGGAUGACAUGAUGCAGGUCAAUCUGCCUACUCAUUUAGAAGGAACUGACAUGUUGGCGGAGAAGGCCGACCGUCGGGAGUUGAUUGACCUGCUGAAGAGGAUGUUGAGGCUGGACGCUGAUAAAAGAAUUACGCCCACAAAGACCCUGGCACAUCCGUUUGUGACCAUGAGCCACCUGCUGAACUUCCCGCACAGCUCACAUGUGAAGUCGUGCUUCCAGAACAUGGACAUCUGCAAGAGAAGGAACAGUAGCUUUGACAGUGGGAAAGCCCUGUUUGCUGCUAACGCUGUUCCUGGAACUGCAGGAAACCUGACUGUGACCUUCAGCAGCCAGCUGAACCAGCACAGCCAGGUUCCGUCUGCUGGUGGAGCUGUUCCUCUCCUCAACUACCAACCGGCACUUUACCAGCAGGCAACCAUAAACAUCCCAGGCCUGACCCAACCCAGCAUCCCCCUGCAGACCCGCCCCACUCAGCUGUGUGCUCAGACUGAACCUUUCCAGCAAACCCUCAUCGUCUGCCCCCCAACCACUAUCCAAGGGCUUCCAUCGUCUAAUAAAACCUCUAGCUAUCCUGUCCGGAUGGAGAACGGUGUUCCUGUUGUCCAGCAGAACCAGUCCACGCAGCCUCUUCAGCUUCAACCCAGCAUGCUGACGCAGGGCUCCUGUACGCCUCUGAUGGUGGCCACGCUGCACCCCCACACAGCGGGAGUGUCAUCCCAGUACCCGCUGCCCCUGGCACUGGGCUGUGGGGCAGGAAGGCCUGCCCUGCUGGAGCAGACAGCCACAGUGCUGCAGGCCUGGCCAGCGGGAACCCAGCAGAUCCUCAUACCCUCUGCAUGGCAGCAGGUACCUGGCAUGGCCAUCCACAACUCCAGCCACCAGCCCGUAGUGACCGAGUCGCCUCUGGAGACCCUGCUGUCUGAGAGCUCCACACAGCAGACAUCAAGCUGGAAGGCUUCUCAGAGCGGUCAGCACAAUAGCGUCGUCCAGCAGAACCCACACAUCCUUGGUGGCCUCAAUCCCACUAAUUCUCUCAAUCGAGGAACGUCUACGGUCACGCGGUCACAGAACAAGAGGAGCAGGAUCUGUUGUGCUACUAGCAGCAGCAGUGCUCUGGUGAGCUCUCAGUCGUACAGUGCUAUUCUCACUCAGCCCAUCAUUAUCUCUGACACUCCGAGUCCUGCUGUCAGCGUCAUCACCAUACACAGUGACACUGAAGAUGAGGACGAGAGGAAGUUCCUCCCUGCUAGCUGUGGCCCCAGCCAUAGGACUAAUGUGAUCAGCUGUCUAACCGUUCAUGAUUCGGACUCCUCCACCGCCAGUCCUCUGACUCCCAAGCCCCAGAUCAGUCACGCGGGGGUCCAGUCCUCACGACUCUCCAAAUCUCUUGCAGUGGUGGCUCCAUAUGUGAAAGCACAGCCUGUGGAAAGCUCAAUAUCAGCCAAAAUCCCAUUGGCUAUAGCUCUUCCACAGAAUUACUACAUGAAGCCUAAGAGAGCCGCUGUCGCAAGGCAGCCGAGCAGCUCAGGAGAGAGCGUCACUGACUACCAACAUGAGCCCAGCAGAUCUCAACCACUCAACCUCAGUCAGACCACUGUCUCCUCGUCCCAAGAACCAUCCGGUGGCUCGUCCUCCCUGCGUCGACAGCACACGUACCCACCGGCCUCGUCUCAUUACUGUCUCCAGGAGGCCCCGUCGUUCACCAGCACCCCCAGCCUGUACCCCUACCCCACCCCCGCGUCCCACAUUGAGCACCUGCUCGUACAAGGCUCCUCCCCCUCCAUGCACGGCCCGCCCACGAGUCACUAUGCAGCCAGUCUUAUCCCAAAGGACUCCAUUGGAGGCGUGGUCCACGGACUCUCCGCCCACUACCAGCAACAUUACCCCGCCCAUCCUUACACCAGCACCACUAGAGGAGGCGGGGCUUACAGCGGCUAUCAGCUGAGCCCACGGAGGGUCCCUCAGUACCCCUACAUAUGAGACGCACAGACUGAUGUUCAGAUUUUACGACCGACAGACCUGCCGUCAACUGCUGCAACUGGUUUUAUCUGUCCUAUUUAUGUUUUAGAAUGUUAAUAUUUAGAAAUCUGUCAUUUUGCAUCUGUUUACUGAGAAAUCCAGUGUCCGGUUAGGCGAGUUUAUUUUCUUAGCUCAAGGAACGCUGACUUGUUUUUAAUUCGUAAGCAAUAGAGGAAUAAUGCUGACAUAAAGGAACAGGGAUCGUGACGCUGUGUAUUGUCUGUUCGACUAAAAUCCUUACACUAAUUGUUGACUUGUUUUAUACUCCAUUUUGUUUUUAGAUUCAGUGCCGUGUUUUUGUUGACGUAGGACCUCUUUUGUUUUUAAGUUAUGUUUGAUUGUGAAGCUGACUGGCUCUCUACCACUUUACUGGAAGGUCAAGAUGUGGAAAGGAAAAAAAAAUGUGUUAUGUGCCCUGGUCGUAUUGUUAUUUAAGUUAGCGCUAUAUGUUAGUCCUGGUAGAAUCGUAGAGUGUAUGUUGUGAGGAAUAGCAAUGAAUAUGAGGAGUAACAUCAACUUCUAUUUUCUUUUAAAUGUUGUUAUUUUUUAGCUCAAAUUGUUUAAUCAUGUCAAUACUCUCCCUGGACGACAACAGGGGGUUAUUUAACAGAAGAGCUGGGAUGUCAAAGCCGAAGAAAAUGUGACGCUACUUUGAAUACCGUAAUUACACACCGAUGAUUGGUUUUCUGACAUUAAGUGUGGUUAAUUUGCAGCGUUUCUGAGUAGUCUGCUUUUCAAACUAGAGUACACCAAAUAUGUCUCUGACCCUUGACUGCUGCAUGCGGUCUCAGUGACGGACAGUUAACGCGAUCUUUGAAAUUCUGCUCAAAAUGACACUGUGACUGACCUCUACAGUCCUUCUUGUUCUGGUCUCAAUAACAUGACGUGCCUUGACAUUCUCUCCAACAUGUUUGGCAGUGUUUUUGAGUUCAGAGAACAUUUAGCAUCGACCUUCAACCAAGAAAGUACUGUACACAUUUUGUAAUGUUAAGCAAUGAUGGGGGAAAAAACACUUUUUCCAUUGUAAUUCCAUCAAAUAAACACAUCAACUCAAA